UCGCGCAAGAUGGCGGCCCCCUUGGAGCUCAGUUGCUGGGGAGGCGGCUGGGGGCUCCCAUCGGUUCACAGCGAGUCCCUGGUGGUGAUGGCUUAUGCCAAGUUUUCUGGUGCACCAUUGAAAGUCAAUGUCAUAGAUAAUACUUGGAGAGGUUCACGAGGAAAUGUACCAAUUUUAACAACAGGAGACAAUACUACUAUUUCUCAGCCAGCAAACAUACUGAAUUUUUUAAGAAAACAGAAAUACAAUGCUGAUUAUGAACUGUCAACAAAGCAAGGGGCAGAUACACUGGCCUAUAUUGCUCUCCUUGAAGAGAAACUUCUUCCUGCAGUGCUUCACACGUUCUGGGUUGAAAGUGACAAUUAUUUUACUGUGACAAAGCCAUGGUUUGCUUCACGAAUUCCUUUUCCCCUGAGUUUGAUCCUACCUGGACGAAUGUCUAAGGGAGCAUUGAACAGGAUUCUCCUAACUAGAGGCGAGCCUCCCCUCUAUCAACUUCAAGAAGUGGAAGCACAGAUAUACAGAGAUGCCAAGGAAUGCCUAAAUCUUCUGUCAAACAGAUUGGGAACAUCGCAGUUUUUCUUUGGAGAUACGCCUUCUACCUUAGACGCCUAUGUGUUUGGUUUUCUUGCACCUCUUUAUAAAGUACGUUUUCCUAAAGUUCAAUUACAAGAACAUUUGAAACAACUCUUCAACCUGUGUCGCUUUUGUGAUGACAUCCUAAGUAGUUAUUUUAGUCAUAGUCUCAGAGGCAUCUCUCCUGCUGCACAAGAAACAGUAGAUGCAAAUCUGCAGAAACUCACACAACUUGUAAAUAAGGAAUCCAACUUGAUUGAAAAGAUGGAUGAUAAUCUUCGCCAAAGCCCCCAACUUCCUCCUCGGAAACUACCAACCCUUAAACUGACUCCAGCAGAUGAAGAAAGUAAUUCCUUACAACGGCUCUCACCCUGAUUGUCAAGCAUUGUGUAGAAUGAUUGUUGCAGUAAUUUCUUAGCAAAAUGUGUGCAGGCAGAAAGAAAAAUGCCAUUAAUAGGUAUAAGAAAGACUCUAAAA